UGCACACUGCGCAUGCUCUGUGUUCCUGCGCUGGUUCCGUUUAGUGGACCGGAAGUCGGGAAGUUCUGCAGUAGGAAAUAAAAAUGGCCGCAGAGGGGACCAGGUCUGUGCUGUUCGUGUGUCUGGGUAAUAUUUGUCGCUCACCUAUAGCAGAAGCAGUUUUUAGGAAACUUGUAGCUGAUCAAAAUAUUUCAGAUAAGUGGAGGAUAGACAGUGCAGCAACAUCUUCAUAUGAAAUAGGAAACCCCCCUGAUUAUCGAGGGCAGACUUGCAUGAAGAAGCAUGGCAUUACCAUGAAUCAUGUUGCCAGGCAGAUUACCAAAGAAGAUUUCCUGACUUUUGAUUAUAUACUCUGUAUGGAUGAAAGCAAUCUGAGAGAUUUGAAUAGAAAAGUUAAUCAAGUUAAAAACUGCAAAGCUAAAAUUGAACUUCUUGGAAGCUACGAUCCACAGAAACAACUUAUUAUUGAAGAUCCAUAUUAUGGAAAUGACUCUGACUUUGAGACAGUAUAUGAGCAAUGUUUGAGGUGCUGCAAAGCCUUUUUUGGAAAAAUCUCAUUAAGGCUCACACUCAUUUGUUGCUAAAGGACAACAGUGAUU